UGAACAUGAGCAGGAGAGAGAAGUUAUUGGGAAGAAGAGCUCACACAAAUCAUUUUGUCACCAGCACGCUCUGACAAGCGAGAGAGAGAGAGAGAGCGUUACAAGAAGGAACUAAUAAAAGAGCUGCAAAGAAGAGGAAGGAGGUGUGAAGGAGUUUUUCCCUUCAGACUGCAUGAAACUGGACACACAGACCCGAAGAGAAGCAAGCGAGCAAAGGACAUUUGCACCUCAUUUACUGCCCACGGGCACUUUUUUUGGACUGUUCAUUUCUUUCAUCCUUUUGGUUUACUCCAUCUGUCGUUUGAAACUCGUGGGUGGAACGUGGUUAGUUUGAUUUUUCCUGACACAUUACAUCACCGGGGCUAAAACGCCAGGGUAUUUUCCUAGAAGGGCUAUUUUUGUUUCAAUUCCUCUCGAGAGUGUUUGUUCAACAGCGCGCUGUGAUGGGUAUGUAAAUAGAUCUUUCCACUCGUCUUUGUGGUGGGAAGCGCUUGUUCGGGAGGGGGAUGAAAUUGAAACUUAGAACACGAAACCCGGUGUUGGCUUUGUUGAUCUCACUUCGGCUGUGUGCAGCUCGCUUAGACCUCUUCGGCACGCGUUGAGCUUCGAAUGCAGUUCGUUUCCUAGAAGUCUGCAUGUUCGAGUAGUAUUUCAGCCUGUCUUCCUGAAAACUCAAUCUGAGGAAACUUAAGGUUCGAACUUCUGAAGCGGACGCAGCCCUCGUCUUGUUGCGCGUGCAGGCUGCAGCAUGCUGGUUUAGAGAGGCGCGCGGACUUUUGGGCAACACGUCAAAAACCAAUGAAGCCAACUGUGAGCAGAGAGGAAAAUUAGCGAGCAAACACAUUUGCAGGCGUGUCGCGGCGUCUGCAAGCUUGUGUGUAUGUGUGUAAGGCUUGUCCAAGACUAGAGGAGAGACAAAUAGAAAGUCAGUCCAGACGCGUGGACUAGAACAAGCUUCUCUGUGUCUGUCUGCCAGCAAUGAGCCGGCACUUAGGUUUUGCCAAAGAAAGCUGUCCGUGUGUUUUGCGAGUUUGCACUCUGCCUUUCGCAUGCUGUGUGUGUGUGUAGCACGCAUGUUAUUAUGCAUCUCUGCGCUCUCUGGAUGCAGCUAUAAGAGGUGAUACCCGGUGAUUAGGAAUCUCCCUAUAAGCAGACAGACACCAGGUGCUUUAUCAAAGGUGCUUUCCAACAUCAUCGUCAGGCUAACAUUACGUCCUUUAUUUGUUUGACCUGAACGCUACGUCAGUCGCAGGCUUUAAAGAGGUUCAAAGACAGCUUGGGCUCACACUUGGCACCAUGAGGUUGUUGUGUUUGGCACUGACAGCCCUGUCCAUGGUGGCUGGAACUGAGAGCAUGUCAACCUGUAAGACUCUAGACCUGGAGGUGGUCAAGAAAAAGCGGAUCGAGGCCAUCCGCGGUCAGAUCCUCAGCAAACUGCGCAUGAACAAAGAGCCCGAGAUCGACAAAGAUGACGAUGGCCAGAAGAUCCCAGACAGCCUGCUCUCGCUGUACAACAGCACGGUUGAACUGAACGAUGAAAUUAAGAUGAAGCCCGUCCCCGUGCAGGCCGAAGGUGAGGACUACUUCGGCAAGGAGGUCCACAAGUUCAUCAUGCGGCAAGCCCUGAACGGCACGAAACAUCAGAUGCUUUUUAAUGUGUCAGAGAUGCGACUGAGCAUUCCAGACCACCGACUGCUGUCUCAGGCUGAAUUACGGCUUCGGAUCAAGAAUCCUACCAUGGACCAGGAGCAGCGUCUGGAGCUGUAUCAUGGAGCGGGCGAUCAGGCUCGAUAUCUGGGCACUCGAUUCGUCUCUAAAGACUUGGCCAAUCGCUGGCUUUCAUUUGAUGUGAAGCAAACGAUCACAGAAUGGCUGCAGAGUUCAGAAGAUGAACAGAGUUUAGAGUUGAGAUUAUACUGUGGAUGUAAAACAGAUAAAGACCAGCAGAAUGCGGACAAGUUCCUUUUCACCAUAUCAGGACUAGACAAACAGAGAGGAGACACUGGUCUCCUUGCAGAAAUGAUGGUGAAGCCGUACAUCUUGGCUUUAUCUUUGGCCUCUAAUGGCAACUCCCCUGCGUCCGCUCGCAAGAAGAGAGCCGUCGGCACCGAUGAAACCUGUGAUGAAAAAACGGAGACUUGCUGUAUGCGGAAGCUUUACAUCGACUUUCGCAAAGAUCUGGGCUGGAAGUGGAUUCACAAGCCCAAAGGCUAUUUUGCAAACUACUGUAUGGGCUCCUGCACCUACAUCUGGAACGCUGAGAACAAAUACUCCCAGAUUUUAGCCUUGUACAAACACCACAACCCUGGUGCCUCUGCUCAGCCUUGCUGCGUACCUGCCGUCCUGGACCCUCUGCCAAUUCUUUACUAUGUGGGAAGACAACACAAGGUGGAGCAGCUGUCCAACAUGGUGGUGAGGAGCUGCAAGUGCAGUUAGAGUUCAUCUAACCUCAGAACAUCACUCAAGAGUCCUCAAGAGCUCUCUGUGACUAUCUCACUCUCUCUGGACGAUAAAGCCACACGUGGAGAGGUGGACGUGUAGUCUCAGUGGGACAGAUGAGAAGAUAAAAGAACUGACGUGGACAGGUAAAAGUGGAAAAGAAGAAAAAAGAAGGACAGUCUGGAAACCACAAAGGAAAAGCUGUGGCCCUUAGUAGUGGAUCAAGAACACACACAUAUGAAGCAUUUCAUAAAGCAAGCUCAUAUUUAAACCAAAUAUAUGCUUUGUUAUCUUUUUAAAUGUUUAUUCACAUGGUUCAUACCUCUUAAUUUAUUCUGCUGGUUAGGUUUAUAUUUGAUUGUACUAUAAAUGCGGCAUUGUAGCAUUACAUGCCAAAUGUACAAUGAAGAUUUCUUAUGGUGCUGAGGAAAGCAAUGAUGUCACAGGAGGCUAAUGUGUUGAUACAUUACAACAGUCUUUGCACUAAACUAUGUGAGUGGGACUGAAGAUGCAAAGUCCCAGAUAUGUGGCUAUGAGAGAGUUGUACCUGUAAGAGGAAUUCAAGGAACACUAGAAGAAUAACUUUUUAUUGAUGGACUCUUUGCUUGCAUCAAGAAAGCCACAUCCAACACUUCUGCUCUCCCAAACCGAUGCACACUAGCAGGUGUCACUUCAGCACAGAUUUCAAGCCCUCCAGUCCGUUCCCGUGAUUUAGUAAACAAUAUGUUUGGUAGACUCACCAAAAAUGUCCAGGUCACAUUUCAAUCUGAAAGAACAAAAAUUAUAUUUAUUAUACUGUAUUUUCAUGAAAUGAAGACUAUUUUAGGACUAUUAAAAUUAUUGACACUACACUCUUUAAAAAAAGGUUCCAUAAAGAUUCCUUUAACAUCUGAAGAACCUUUCUGUUUCAAUAAAGGUUCUUUGGGCUGAAAAAGGGUUCUUCUGAUUAUAAAUAGGCGUGAAAGAGAUGGUUCUUUAAAGAACCUUUGACUGAAUGGUUCUUUGUGGAACCAAAAAUGGUUCUUCUAUGGCAUUGCUGUGAAGAACCGUUUAAGCAAACCUUUAUUUUUAAGAGUUUAUUUUCAUGGCAAUUUAGCACACUUUUCCUUUUUUCACUGAUUCUUAGAUUCUCAUGAGAAUUACACAAAUGGAAUUGUGGGAAUUUAAUUCUAAAAUCUAUUGAAACUAUAUUUUAGUUGUAUUUUAACAUAUUCCGCGUGGUCACCCUUUGCCUAGAAUUUGUAAAAAUAAACUCUUGGCAUUUUAUCUGUUUGCUCAGAUGCUUUUCAAACAGUAGGCCUAUAAGUCGCAUGUAUGGGCUUCUAUUGGUUGCUUUAUCUUCAAUAUUUCCUCCAAAUCAUUUCAAAAGCAUUACUAAAAAUAAAACUGUAUUGUAAUUGUAUAUUAUUAUACAUUUAAAAAAUGUAGACAUACCUUCAGAUCGAUCUAAAAGGGUUAGGUAGGAACACGGUAAACAUUUCAUUCAAGUGACCCUAAAUGUUUGAACUGUAGUGUAUUUACUACAUAAUUAUUACGCGGCUCGUUGGAAUGCUUGAUUCUGAUUGGCCAGUCGCGACAUUUGCAGGUUCGUUAUUCCCAGAUAACAACCUCUCAAAACUAAUAACACAGUAACCCGGAUGCAGCAAAUCAUGUUGACAGGUUUUUUUGACAAAUUAAAUAUAAAUAUGUCUUUUAAUAUUCCAUUUAAUUUAUUUAAUAUUUACAAAUGAUUAAACCAGAUUGCCUGUGCGUGACAUUUGAACGUCGUUUCUUGCCUUAAAACCGAAAGUAAACAGCUCUUCCUCGCGGAAGGUCUGCAUUCGGUAAAAAUGAGCUAAUGAAAUAUUUCAAAUUCACAUUUCAUGUCCAGUUUUUUCAAGUAGCCAUGUAAUAAGCGGGAUAAUGUACAAGCAGUGCUUAAUUGUCAUGAAAACAUAAUAUUAUCUUGAAAUAUGACUUGGACAUGUUCUUGUGAGAUUCAACCAUGUUUGGUUGUGUUUGUCUUGGUGUGUGUGUGUGUGUGUGUUGUAUUUCUCGUUUGUUUCUCAGCUGCGAUGGCCUUGCGCUGACAUCUGUAUGUGAACCUAAGUGUAGAUAUUUAUAGAGGCUUCGUUGCCGGACAGCUCUACUGUUAAGUGAUGGGGAUUGUGUUCUGUGUGUUAGUUUAUAGACAGCAUGGCUGAGACUCAUAAGCUUCACAAUGAUUUACACAACCAAUCUCCUGUUCUGUAAUAGAUGGGCUACCUACAGUACAACAUGUACAUGCCAUCUAAGUUUUAUAUUUUGACAUUUAAAUAUUGUAUUUUUUAUGUGAUUUUACAUCUGCUGUUUUAUCAGUUCGCUAUGCAGGUGUCUCUAGACAAGCAUUUCACAUUCACGCAAUGUUCCGUUACAUUAUAUUUUGUUUGUUUCUUAAUGUUUGCACUUAUUUUAUGUCAUUGUGUCCCAUUCACAAUAAACAAAACUCU